UUUAGAAGACCUUGAUUUCCUGACGUUUGUUUAUUGGAGAAUCCCAAUUUAGCCGAUGUAGAAUUGUGUUUCCUUAACUUAAUCCUGUUUUUCUUAUACAUUAGUUAUUGGAAAUUUGUGAUUUAGUGUAUCUAAGUGUUAAGUUAAGGAUAUGGUUAAUUUACUUAAAAGCAAACGUCACAUUUUUGCAGUAUUAUCGGUACUAUGUAUGUUCUACAAUCCAACAGACAGUGGAGCUGUUGAAUUAACCGAAGUUAACUUUGAGCAGAUUAUGUCUGGCCAUGAGUUAGUCAUGAUUAACUUCUAUGCCGAUUGGUGCAGAUUUAGUAAUUUGUUGAGGCCAAUUUACGAUGAUGCUGCCGAUGCCAUAGCCAAAGAAUUUCCAGAUGGAAAGGCAAUUCUAGCCAAAGUAGACUGUGAUCAGCAGCCCGCACUUCAGUCCAAGUUUCAAAUCACCAAAUACCCCACAUUAAAGUUAAUGAGGAACGGGAAAUUGAUCAAGAAGGAAUUCAGGGGCCAUCGGUCGGUCGAAGCGUUCACGGAGUUUAUCAAAAAGCAGCUAGAAGAUCCUAUCAAAGACUUCAAAAACGUAUCAGAUAUACAGCUGACUGAACUGGAUCAAACAUCGGUUAUUGGAUACUUCGAUAGUCGCGAUCAGCCUGAAUAUCAAAUAUACCGACGAGUUGUUACAACUAUGCAACAACACAAGUGCCAAUUCUAUGCAGGUUUUGGGGAAUCCGCUCGAAAUAACGAGACUGGAGAAACUCCAACCAUUAUUGCACGUUCUUACAACGACGGACAGGUUGUGGAUGAACAGACUGUCAAUAGGUCGAAACUAUCCGACUUUGACCAGCUGUUUGGCUGGAUGAUUGCUUUGUGCUCCCGACUAAUUCGUGAAAUUACCUUCGAGAACGCCGAAGAAUUGACAGAGGAAGGCCUGCCGUUCCUUAUCCUAUUUUACAAAGAUGGCGAUAGGGAGUCGAUUAAAAAGUUUACUGAUGUUAUACAAAAGGAACUGACAUCGGAACAGGAGAAAAUCACCUUUUUAACAGCCGAUGGCAAUAAAUUUGCCCACCCCCUUCAUCACUUGGGUAAAGGCGAAGACGAUUUACCCGUAAUCGCAAUCGAUAGCUUCAAGCACAUGUACCUCUUUCCUAAAUUUGAAGAUAUCCAAAUUGAAGGAAAACUCAAGUCUUUUAUCAUGGAUCUCUACUCGGGUAAAUUGCAUAGAGAAUUCCACUACGGUCCAGAUAGCGACAAAGGAAAAGAAGAGCAACCCACUAAACCGCCGGAGAGUACAUUUAAAAAAUUAGCACCAUCGAAAAAUAGAUACACUUUACUAAAGGAUGAGCUGUAGUUCAUUGUAAAUUAUUUCUAGAUUUUAAAUUGUUUGUGCCGUCUUUGAAACGUAAAUUAUUUUUGUUUACUGAAUUUAUUUUCGACAUUUAUUCCAACCCUCAAGCAUAAAAAGUUUAUUGACUUUUUAAUUUUAUGUUAGCUAUUUCACAAUUAAAGCUCAAAGAACUGUACAAUUGAACCUAAGCAUGCAUCUAUAGUUUUUUGCUUAAAGUAUGUUUUUGCAUAUGCGACAUAUAUUGAAAUAAACUAAUUUUCGAAUUUCUACUGCUAAAUUGUACAUUCUAUUUGGGAUUUGGCCAUUUCCAGCUAUCAUUGUAGUUUAUAAGUAGAAAUGUCUACUAGUGGUCGGUGGAAGAGUUUAAUUUUCAUUUGUAAAUAUUUAUAAUUUUCAUUAAUAAAUUACAUUUUUAUUUGC